AUGUCUGAGACUAGAUACACCAUACCACAAGGGUCCAAAGUCCUGGUCACCGGAAGCAAUGGAUUUAUCGGGUCCCAUACAGUCGAUCAACUGUUGAAAGCAGGCUACUUGGUCCGAGGAACAGUCCGUCAGGCCAAGCCAUGGCCGAACGAACUCUUUGAUCAAAAGUAUGGCAAAGGAAAGUUCGAAAUAUUUGUUCUGCCAGAUCUGACCAACAAUGUCGAAUGCGAGAGGGCAGUUGAAGGGGUUUCUGGAAUCAUUCAUGUCGCAGCUGACGUGUCGAUGAACCCGGAUCCAAAAGUGAGGGCCCCGAAAGCUAUUGAAGCAACUUUGAACAUUCUUAAGGCGGCUUCAACUCAGCCUGAUAUCAAGGCCGUCGUUCUGACCUCAUCUUCGACUGCGGCGUAUACACCUAGGCCUGACGGUGAAGUGAGAACGAUUACCCAAGACACUUGGAACAAUGAGGCUGUGAAGAUGGCCUGGGAUGAGGGUACCCCUCUACAGGCAAAGGGAUACUCUGUAUACGUAGCCUGUAAAACAGAGGCGGAGAGGUCAGCAUUCAAAUGGGUCGAAGAGAACAACCAUCCUUUUGUCUUGAAUACAGUCUUGCCGUCCAUCACUUUUGGCAAGGUACUUUCUCCCGAAAUAUUUGGUUCAACUCAGUCAUUUGUGAGAAACAUGCUCAAGGGCGAUGGUUCGGCGUCGAAAUACAUUCCCCCGCAGUGGUAUGUUGACGUUGCGGAUGUCGCAAGAUUGCAUGUUGCUGCCCUUCUUUCCCCAACGGUCCGAUUCGAGAGGAUCUUCGCAUUUGCUGCGCCUCAGAACUGGACUGAAAUUGUGAGGAUUUUGAGGAAACUUCGGCCUGGUAAUUUGAUGAUUCCGCCGGAGCCUGAGAACGAGGGUCAUGAUCUCAGUGAGGUUGUUCCCUCCAAAAGGGCAAAUGAGAUUUUGAGGGACUUCUUUGGUCGACCGGGGUGGAUUAGUUUGGAAGAGAGUAUUGCCGAGGGGAUUUCUGAUAUGUAA